UGUAAUAAUAAAAACAUUUGGCUACAUAUAAACUGGAGAGUAUAAAUUUGGAGGGCAUGAACUGUCGAAUUGGAUGCGCAUAUUUUGCAUUAAUAACCUUUGUCUUCUUUUUCUCCUCUUAUCACCUGCUCUGCUCCACUCUGUUUUCACCAUUCUUCUCCCCAAUUCCCACAAUGAAGCACCAAUCUCCGCCGCAGGAUUCCGGCAAACUUUCCCCCGACCAAUGCUACUGGUUUCACGAUUCCGCCAUUCUCGACAUCGAUUACUUCGUCAAAACCCUCGCCGGAAUCAAGGCCAAAGGCGUUCGAACCGAUUUAAUCGGCUCUGUCAUAACGCAUUACGCUUCCAAAUGGCUUCCGGAUCUCUCCGACGAAGCCCUAGAUCAACAAAAGGGGAUUGAUUUAACGAAUUUCAACGAAUCGCCGCAGAAUGUGACGAAUUCGUGGAUGAAAAAGAAGUUCUUCGUGGAGACAUUGGUCGGAGUUUUGCCGCCGGAAAGGGAUUUGAUUCCGUGUAAUUUUUUGCUGAGGCUUCUCCGGACGGCGAAUAUGGUGGGAGUGGAGCCUCCGUAUAAGGCGGAGUUGGAGAAGAGGAUUACGUGGCAGUUGGAUCAGGCGUCGUUGAAGGAGGUGAUGAUUCCGUCAUUUAGUCACACGUGUGGGACGGUUUUGGAUGUGGAGCUUGUGAUUCGACUUGUGAAGAGGUUUGUUAGCUUGGACGACGGCGUUAGGAGCGGCGCCGCCUUGGUUAAGGUGGCGAAAUUGGUGGAUUGUUACCUUGCUGAAGCGGCGAUGGAUUCUAAUUUGGGAUUGCUGGAGUUUGUUGAGCUCGCCGGAGUACUUCCCAGUCACGCCCGAGCCUCCGACGACGGACUGUACCGAGCCAUUGAUACGUAUCUCAAAACACAUCCGAAUAUAUCAAAGCAAGAAAGAAAGAGUUUAUGCAGACUAAUGGACAGCCGAAAGCUGUCCACAGAAGCAUCACUCCACGCCGCCCAAAACGAUCGCCUCCCAGUCCGCGCCGUAAUCCAAGUCCUCUUCUCCGAGCAAACCAAGCUCAACUACCGCCACCUCGACUGGAGCGGCUCAAUCGGGGGCAGGAGUCCCUCCGCCGCCCUCGACCACCUGCCCGCCAGGUGCCAAUCCAAGAGAGAAAUAACGGCCCAACAAAUGGAGAUUAAGAAGCUGAAAGAGACGGUGUUGAGGCUGCAGAACCAGUGCAAUAUUAUGCAGGUCCAAAUGGAGAGGCUCUCGGAAAAGAAGAGAGGCUUUUUCAAGUGGAGGAAGUUUGGGUUUAAGAAUGGCGGUGAGUCGGAGAGGGUGGACGACGGCGGCGAAGUCGUGGAGGAGGAGGACGCCGGGUUCGGGAGGCAGACGCCGGUGGAUAUUAAAACAAAGUUGGUCAAACGUAGGACGCCCACUAAGACAUGGAGGAAAUCUGUGUCUUGAAAAUGUUUUC